GCGAUGCCAACAGUAUACGACAGGCGGUGCCGGGUAGCACCCGCGCAGCAUUGUUUGGCACGGGCAUCCGGAGGAGUGCACCUGAUCGCAGCCAGCCGAGCUUCCGGCGCCGUCCUCCCAGGCCAGAGCCUUUGUUCUCACACGGCCCCGGCGCCGCGCAUUGACACGUUUCUGCAGUGUCCCACCGUGGAUGAACAAAACCCUGCACAGGUGAGCCGAGUCGUGGUCGGAACCCGAAUGGCGGACACCUCGGAAACGAAGUCGGCAACUCCGCCUGAUCGCCGCGCCAACCCGGGUCCCAAACCAGACCCUGUGCCUCCGGAAGAGAUGCGCAGCCAGGGACACGUUGUGACCGAGCCGAAAGAGGAGCCGCCCACGCCGCCCAAUACGCCAACAGGUUACACCUCACCAUGUCGUCGCCCAGGUGAAAAUUUGCAAUUGGGAUUGCAACUGGUUCCAGUUCAACUGGUUUAUAGAACCAUUCCCAGUUGGUCUCCAUUGCAACUGGUCCCAGUUGAUCCCCAUUGCAACUGGUCCCAGUUGAUUUCCAUUGCAACUGGUCCCAGUUGGCCCCUUUGUAUCUGGUCCCAGUUGGUCCACACCGGAACAGGUUCCAGUUCCUGUUGCAACUGGCAUCGAUUGUGCAAUAGGGAUAGUGAGCCAUGGCCAGCAGGGACCACAGCCGACAGCUUCACGGAGGCGCCCCGGGCAGUGCCAGCGCGACGCGAGCCUCCUCCUGCCGUGGCCGAUUCCACCGCAGAUCAACCGGUGAGGCAUGGCAGAGCCUGGAGCAGCGCCGGCAAGCCUCACGCGUGUCACAUCUGCAGGCGCCGCUACUGCUCCGUGGAGUGGCUGCGCCGUCACGUGGUCACCCACGAGCGAGGGAAACCGCUGAAGUGCGAUCGCUGCGGUCGCUCGUACAUGAUGCGACCGGCGCUCGCAAAGCACAAGGCAAACGUACAUGACAUGUAAUGCCCCCAGUGCGGAAAUUUUUUUUUUGCUUCAAUAAACAGUUUGUGUGACCAUC